CUUUUUUUUUUUUCUUUUUUCUCGCGAAACAUAUCUGUAAAUUUUUAUUUAGGGCUUCUCCAAAAAGUCGUUGAAUCAAUGGCGGGAAUUCUGUGAAAGAAUUGUCAAUCACUCUGCUUGAAUUGCUUGCGUCGGCUCUCUACAGAACUCGCCAGAUGUCUUUUGUCGACGAAUUUGAAGCCAACCUUGAAUCACUGCCUAAUAUUUUGCAAAAGAAGUAUGCUUUGUUGCGUGAUCUUGAUAAAAGUUUACAAGAUAUUCAAAGACAAAAUGAACAACGUUGUGAGCAAGAGAUAGAGGAUGUUAAGCGGCAAGUUAAGUCUGUAAAUAUCACAGCCAAUAAUUCACUUGCUAGAUUCUCGGAUGAGGCACUUGAUGAGCAAAAGCACAGCAUAAGGAUUGCAGAUGAGAAAGUGGUGUUAGCUGUUCAGGCUUAUGAUUUGGUGGAUACGCAUAUACAACAACUUGAUCAAUAUUUGAAAAAAUUUGAUGAAGAACUUCGACGUGAAAGAGAGGCUGCUGCUGCUAGUAAUUCGAACACUGCAAGUGUGGAUGGAGGUGCAAAAUCUGGCGGUAGAGGAGGCCGUAAGAAGUAUCAAUCUUUUCUUACGACUUCACCACCAGCCAAUCCCACUGGUAUGGAUCUUGAUAUACCGGUGGAUCCAAACGAACCAACAUACUGUUUCUGUAAUCAAGUUAGCUACGGGGAGAUGGUUGCUUGCGACAACCCAGAUUGCAAGAUAGAGUGGUUCCAUUUUGGCUGUGUUGGUUUGAAAGAACAACCCAAAGGAAAAUGGUAUUGUUCAGACUGUGCUGGGGUAAAAAACCGUCGGAAAGGGAGAUGAUGCAGACUCCUUUCAGAGCCUAAGGUGCAAUUGGCAGUGUAUGCAUACGAACAACUUUUUUGUGUUUCUUGUUCUAAAAAUUUGCUUCAUUGUCAAAAUGGUGUUCUCUCUUGUGCUUUUCGCCCGUAAAUUGCAGUUGAUGUAUCUUUGAUAAAGCUGCUUCUGUAGUUCAGCUACCUAGAUUUGUAACGAAUUUUUUUAUUUAAAAUUUAAAGAAGUAUGCUUAG